GAGGAGCGCGGCCCCCGCCGCUGUCCAGCCGCUCCGUGCCUUUCGCGCCCGGCGCAGCCGCUGCUGUCGCCGCCGCCUCUCCGAGUAACUUAGCCACUCGCUCGCCAUGGACACUCCUAGGGUCCUUCUCUGGGCGAUCUUCCUCAUUAGCUUCCUCUGGGAUUUGCCGGGUUUCCAGCAGGCUUCCAUCUCCUCGUCCUCCUCCUCCUCCACCGAAUUGGACUCCACCAAAGACGUGGGGAACCGCAAAGAAGGGAAGAUGCAGCGAACUCCACAAGAGAGUGCCGAGGGCCGGACGCCCCCGGAGCACGGGCUGCGGCAGAAGGACCUCCGGCGGCGGCCGCCCGGACAACAUCAGGGGCAGGAGCCGCCGGGCAGGGGGCUGCGCGUGGUGCCUCACGAGUACAUGCUGUCAAUCUACAAGACUUACUCCAUUGCCGAGAAGCUGGGCAUCAAUGCCAGCUUUUUCCAGUCUUCCAAGUCAGCUAAUACGAUCACUAGCUUUGUAGACAGAGGACUGGACGAUCUCUCGCACACUCCUCUCCGGAGACAGAAGUAUUUGUUUGAUGUGUCCACACUCUCAGACAAAGAAGAGCUGGUGGGCGCAGAGCUAAGGCUUUAUCGCCAGGCGCCCCCAACGCCCUGGGGGCUACCGGCCCGACCGCUGCACUUGCAGCUCUUCCCUUGUUUAUCCCCAUUGCUACUGGACGCCAGGACCCUGGAUCCUCAGGGACCAACCCAGGCCGGCUGGGAAGUCUUCGACGUGUGGCAGGGCCUGCGCCCUCAGCCUUGGAAGCAGCUGUGCCUGGAGUUGCGGGCAGCCUGGGGUGAGCUGGACGCCGGGGAUACGGGGGCGCGCGCGAGGGGUCCCCAGCAGCCACCGCCUCUGGACCUGCGGAGUCUGGGCUUCGGUCGGAGGGUGAGGCCGCCCCAGGAGCGCGCCCUGCUUGUAGUGUUCACCAGAUCGCAGCGCAAGAACCUGUUCACUGAGAUGCAUGAGCAGCUGGGCUCUGCAGAGGCUGCGGGAGCCGAGGGGUCAUGGCCAGCGCCGUCGGGCUCCCCAGACGCCGGGUCUUGGCUGCCCUCGCCCGGCCGCCGGCGGCGACGCACCGCCUUCGCCAGCCGUCACGGCAAGCGACAUGGCAAGAAGUCCAGGCUGCGCUGCAGCAGAAAGCCUCUGCACGUGAAUUUUAAGGAGUUAGGCUGGGACGACUGGAUUAUCGCGCCCCUAGAGUACGAGGCCUAUCACUGCGAGGGCGUGUGCGACUUUCCGCUGCGCUCGCACCUUGAGCCCACUAACCAUGCCAUCAUUCAGACGCUGAUGAACUCCAUGGACCCGGGCUCCACCCCGCCUAGCUGCUGCGUUCCCACCAAACUGACUCCCAUUAGCAUCCUGUACAUCGACGCGGGCAAUAAUGUAGUCUACAAGCAGUAUGAGGACAUGGUGGUGGAGUCCUGCGGCUGUAGGUAGCGGUGCUGUCCCGCCACCUGGGCCAGGGACCAUGGAGGGAGGCCUGACUGCCGAGAAAGGAGCAGGAGCUGGCUUGGAAGAGGCCACAGGUGGGGGACAGCCUGAAAGUAGGAGCACAGUAAGAAGCAGCCCAGCCUUCCCAGAACCUUCCAACCCCCAACCCAGAAGCAGCUAAGGGUUUCACACUUUGCCUUGCCAGCCUGGAAAGACUAGACAAGAAGGAUUCUUUCUUUUAUUAUGGCUUUGGUUCUUUGUUUGUUUUGUUUUGUUUUAUCUCCUUGGUUUUGAUAGGACGUGGAAGGAGGGGAAAUGCUUAUCUGUUCACAAGUGUUCUGUGGAUUGGGGGAGGAGGGAAUAAGAGAAAUAACCUAUUACUUUUGUCCGCAUCUCAGAUUGGUUGUUUCUACCUGUGUAAGAAAGUGAGGCCUUUGGGUCUUUCUAGCCAAGUCUCAGCUGGCGUCCUUGACCUCACAGGAAGUAUUUGACCAAAGGAAUAAGUGAGUCAGGAAGGGUCUUACCCUUAGAGAAGCCCAAGCUGCCUCCUUCUCUGCUCUGUGCAUCCCCACGAAUUUAUCAGUCUGUCCUGGUCUCUCCCAGCGGAGGGAACAGGGAGUUGCCACCGCUGUGGGCUCAGACCUCCAGAUGCCUUUUCUGUUGGUGGUGGGGGGGGGGGGGGCAGAAGGAUUUGGUAUGGAUGGAAUGACAAGAAUUAGUCCGUGUGGAACCCCGUGAAGGAUAAUGAGAAACCACAAGGCCUACCUCUGACCGGGUGACACAGAGGCGCAUUACCCAAGGCUGGGGUAGCCCACCCAAAAGCUCUUGGUCAUGGAUGUUUCUCAGUGGCUUCUUUAAACAGAAUUUGCCAAAAUCCCAGCAUCUCCUUCUAAGGCAAUUUUUUUCCCUCCUUAAAUGGAGAGGGGUGGAAACUCUAUAAUUAAGGUAAGAAGGGAAGAGGAGGAGGAGGAAAAGACCUGAAAGGUGGAAGGGCUACAUCAGGAGGGGAGAUGCGGGCCCCACAAGAGGAUGGAGAUAAAGGGCCAGGCCCCAAGCAUGGAAGGAGGAUGAAAGGGCCAGGAGUCUCUGCCUCUGAAGUUUCUUAAAAUUUAAGUCCCCUCUCCUCUUUCUGACAUUCCUGAGAGAUUACCAGCCAGCAAUAGCCCAGGGCUCCCCCUAGAGAAACAUUUUAGAUCGUAAUUACCAGUUAGGUGCUGUUUUUAAACCUUAGUAAUGAGGAGCUGUGAGUCGAGGGUUACAUUGAGUUUGGGGUGGAAACUGGGGUACAGGGGCACCAGGAAAGAAACCAGAAGGAAGUAAGAGACAGAACACGGGAAAUACCUGUAGUACUCCAAAUCUCCAUCCUUUCCCACAGUCUGUACCAUGAUUAUUUUCAAACAUCGCCUAGACAGAGUCUCUUUGAGAAGUAAGCUUCCUCAUGUUUGUCCAUGGAACGGUUUAAACUGAGGACCCUGAGUGAGUGAUUACAGACUGAUCUGGGUUCCCCCAACUGGUUUGCUCUCUCUCCCCGCUGAAAUCUGUUUCUUGUCUGGUUCAGAGAAGACAAACUGUCAAGGAAACGGUCGGAAUGCUAAUACUGGUAAUAUAAACUGGUAAGGGAGAAAAGACAAGACUUGGCCAGGAGAAAUAACUUAAAUGCACAUUUGCUUUGGAUGCACUGCUGUUCUGUUGAGGCUGUAUAUAUUUGUUUAUUUAAGAUGACUGAAAGUGCAAAGAGAAAACAUGCAAUUCAUCUUAACGUACAAAACGUUAUAUGCACUCAAAUGUUAUAAUUUCUAAUAUUUUUAAAGUUUAUAUUCGAGUUGUACAAAGUUAAGCAUUAAUCAGAUAUUUCAUUCUUUCAUAAUGUUAUCAUUUUCUUAAAUAUUAUUACAAAAUUUUAAGUGUGUCUAAUGGAGAGUUUUUUUUUUGAAACUGUCUACCUCACUAUAAUACAGAUUUUGACAACACUAAAGUUACUGGAGGUCGAUUGAUAUACAAAACAUUUUUACAGUAUACCUUCUUGGACGAUAAGGAAUCUGGUUAAUUCUGUCUUAUUAAACUCAU